UCUCUCUCUAAACCCGUAAUCUCUCUCUCUCUCUCUCUCUCUCUCUAGAGCUCGGGAGCUGCGGAGAAGGAGAAGGGCCAUGCUCUCGAGGGUCGAUGGAAUGGUGUGGAUGGGCGAAGAAGAAGAGCGAAGAGCAAGCGUAGGUGGGGGUGGAGGUGGGGGAGAGGAGGAGGGCGACUCUCUCUCCUGGACCCGAGCAAACCCUAACCCUAACCCUAACCCUAACCAUAACCAUAACCAUAACCACCCCCACGGAGCCAAGGAGGACGAGAUGGCGGGGCUCUCGAGGUUCAAGCCCAUGCUCGACGACGACGACGGCGACGACGACGACUGGUACCUGGCCCCGAACCCCGCCCACCAACCGUUCGACGCUUUGCCCACUCACCAACACGGCAUCAAAGGCGCCGCCUUUGCUACUGCGCCGCAGCACGAGCCCUCCCUGCUCCUCCCCCCGCCCCAACCGGGCAUGGGCAUGGGCGUGGGCGUGGGCGUGGGCGUGGNUCUACUCCCCCUCCUCCUCCUUAUCCUCGCUCCUUAG